CUCACGUAUCCCCUCCUCUCUUCCCACUACUUUUCCUCACCGUUACUCCUUACCCUCCAAUCCAAUCCUCGUUCACCCUCGUUGCCCGUCUCCCACUUGCGCUCAAAGACAGCUAUGCAGACACAAGCAACAGUCCUGCCCUCGCCCGCUUGGGAACACCAGGCUAACUCCUCCGUGGCCUGUCCGAUUAUGAACGCCGCCAACUUUUGUUCGACCUCAACGCUCAGCUCCCGCUCACACUCACACUCCUUCCGCUCUUUCCCAAUGAUGCCUCUUUUCACUGCCCCUACAUCCCCUGUACUUCUACCGGAGAUCAUCUCCAUCGUCUGCGCCUAUCUCGACGCACCCUCGCUGGCUGUGGCCACAAGGAUUAACAGGACCUGGUCUGCCAUCAGUCUGCCGCUGCUCUACCGCGAGAUCACCCUUGCCUGGCGGGGAUUUAAGAUCGAUAGCCUGGAGCUGGGUGUUCGGCGGAAUGGGCACCAUUGUCGGAAACUGGCCGCUGCUCGAGAAGUGGUACGUUCGAUGGUCUCAUACCCCACGAUGCAUAGCAUCACUGGAGAAGAAAAGUGUACUCAUUUCUACACCAACCUUAUUUUUUUAUUUUUUUUCUGUAAUUUUAAAUUAUAGAAUCACUGGUGUUCUAGGAUCA